ACAAGCUGUCUUCAGACUUCUCUGCCAUUGGCUUGUGCUUAGGGUGAACAGACCUUCCCAGAAAGAUUCCAUGACCAGAUGCUCUGCUGGAACACAAGCUGCCUGUCUGUCUGCACCUCUUUUCUCAAAGCGAGGCUCUUUAGCUUUGCAAGGUGUAAUCUGCACAGGCGGGCUGUGUGAAAUGCUGGUUGGAUGCAAUAAAGUGUUUGGGAAGGAGUUAAGAGAGGUAGUAACUGCUUACCUCCACCUCUGAGCAGGCUGUGGAUCUCUCCAGUCGUCUCUGGAAGUGCAGGCCCUGGCAUGACUGUGGCUGUGGUUUAUGCUAGCAGCUGCACAGUAACCCAAUGGGAUUUGUUCAUUUGACUCAUCAGCAACACUUACUGAAAAAGGCAAUGUAAACCCUGCAAAGAUUUCAGCUGCUUAAUGAGCCCUAUUUCAACUUCAUAUAAUGGAAUAUGGAAAAAUAUGCUUUCCAGAAACACGUCCUGUUGUCUCCCUCCCAGCAAGGGUGAGCAGACCAGCCUCAGACACACAGACCUCUUGGUUUGAGAGUGCAGAAGUGGAAAGAUCCAGUGAGUACCACAACCCUGCUACACUUUCCAAGAAAGCUGGAUGUUGACCCUGGAGAUCUUGCCUCAGUGACGUGGCUGUCAGGACGCAGCCUUCUCCUCUAUCUGCUGUAAUAUCAAUGCUAGAGUUCCUGUGCACUGCAGUGAGGAGCUCUUGGCCUGUGCAGAAGUGAACAUCAAGCCCCCCAGCUCAGCAUAGCAGCGCCAGUGAUUAUGGAGUAACCCAUGGGCAGGCAGUGCUCUGGGUGUGUGCGCGCGGUGGGAAGCUGAGGCUGGCUGCCCAGGCAUCAGGGCAGCCAAAUGGCUGCACAGUGAGUGCCUUGAGCCCUGCCCACACACUCUACGCUGCUGGCGUGCCUCACCUCUGCCAUGAAUGAUGCAUCAACAAUGGAUUAUGAACUGCUGUCCCCCUCCUUGGUCGAGCACCCAGCUGGUGCUGCAGGCAUGGAUGCUGAGCAGAAAACCGUCUUUGCCUUUGUCAUCUUCCUCCUGGUCUUCUUGGUGAUGCUGAUGGUGCGCUGCUUCCGUAUCCUGCUGGACCCCUACAGCCGCAUGCCCGCCUCCUCCUGGACUGACCACAAGGAGGGGUUGGAGAGGGGCCAGUUUGACUACGCCUUGGUGUAGAUGGCAGGGAUGGGGCGAGCCUGGGUGCUCUGUGUGCCUCCCACCCCAGCUGGCCCCGGCCCCGGCCCCCCCUUCUUCUGUGGUGUUGCCCUGGGCCAGCAGGGAUGCUCUGGGCAGGGAGGCAAGGUGGGGCGCUUGUCCGGGGCGGGUUUUCUAGGGGUUUCUGUCUUUUCUAAGCACUUUUCGAUUCUCUUCCCAGUCUGCAGCACCCUUGGGGAGAUGUGUUGGAGGGACAAAAUGAGGUUACCUGGUCCCUGCUGCCCACUCUCCCCCUGGACAGUGCCAUGUGCUGAGAUGAGGGGCAGGAGGCGACGGGGCAGAGCAUGCCAGAACCUCCCUCCAGCCACAGCCUGCAAGGCUCCAGGGCUGGGUGGCUCUGCCUGUUGCCAGGCAAGAGCUUUGAUCCCCAUUUCCUCCUGCCCCUCAUGUUGCCCUUGUCCGUGACCCUUGGGGCGUGCUAACUCUGGUCCCGUAUGUCUGCGUGUGUGUGCCCUUGUAGCUGAGCUGUGUCCGUGAGGGGGCUUAUAGGCACCAGAUCUAAGUGCUGGCUUUGUUUCUCUUUGUGUGGCAGCCCCAGUUCCCACAUGUGAGGAGGAGACCCCAUGCACAGUCCCCUUCUGGCAACAUGUCCUGCAUCCUGCUCUCCGCUUUACAACAUAGAGAUCUGUCCCUGCCUAACUAGUGCAAAUGAUCUGAGCAAGUUGCAGUCAUGCAGCUACCUGCAGAAGUGCCUGGGCAGCCCGCUUUACAACAUAGAGAUCUGUCCCUGCCCAACUACUGCAAAUGAUCUGAGCAAGCUGCAGUCAUGCAGCUACCUGCAGAAGUGCCUGGGCAGCCGUGCUGCCUUCCUGGCGCAGACUGUGGGUCCACAGCCAUGCCGGCAGGGAUGAAAAGCCCUGCAUGAUGUUUGGGAGAUGCCCCCUCAGCCAGCCCAGGCCUGGCAGCCUCCCAGUAGGAGCCCCCUCUGGCCAUUCCCUGCUCCAAUGGGAGCUGGAUAGCCUCCCCAUGUUGGGAGUGGCCAGCCCUUCCCUGGCCAUCCUGUACCUGGGUAGCAGAUGGGCAACGUGAGGAGCUAAGGGUAAAACAAAGAUGGCUUCCCACCUUCUGCAGGAGCUGUGCCUAUCUUGUAGGGGUAUUGCAGCUUGCCAUGGGGCUAGCAAGAGCCCUGGGGGUUUGUGGCCAUGGGCCAGUAGAAAGGUUUGUGCUAAGGGACUGAGCCCCUAGGGGAGACCCUCCUUCCCUACCAUGGAAAUAAAGCUGCAGUGUGCUAACCCCACAUAAUUCUUCCUCUGGUC